CAGCUCUAGUUGCUUGUUGCAAGUACUGUGUGUACAGCUCAGAUUGGGAGAGGGACUUGUGAUGCAUUUAUGAUCCCUGUUCUGGGUGGCUCUUAGCCAAGUUCUGAUCUAGCUCCUCUUCACUUCUUUCUGCAUCUCUUCCUCUCAAAAAUCUCAGAGAGAGAGAGAGAGAAGGUAUCGAGGUCCAGUUAGCUCCCCAACCUCCACUGCUAGUGUAGUAAUGCAGCAACACUAAACUUUAAGUAAUUGCCUUGGAAACCCAUAGUUGAGGCAUCAACACCUCACCCAGCUCCAUGUAUUAAUAUCUCACAGUAUCUAUAGCAACAGUAUCUUCUACUAUUUCAUAUAUAGUUUCCUGAAAGAGAGAAGGGACCCUUCUCUCUUUGUGGAAGGUGCAAUGGCAGUUCAAACAAAAUCCCAUCUCUUGAUCUUGUCCUUGCUUCUCGUAUCUUCACUCGCCGCCACCAUUGUUGCUUUGACAAAACAGCAAGAGCUAGAUCGAAUCUCAGCUCUCCCUGGUCAACCAGCAGUCACGUUUUCACAGUUUUCUGGCUAUGUUACUGUCAAUGAGAAACAUGGGCGUGCACUCUUUUACUGGUUGACAGAAGCUGCAGCAAUUCCUAACAAGAAACCUCUCGUUCUUUGGCUCAAUGGAGGACCAGGUUGUUCUUCAGUGGCAUAUGGAGCAUCAGAAGAAAUCGGACCGUUUCGGAUAAACAGAACUGGUUUAUCUCUUUAUAUGAACAAAUAUUCAUGGAACAAAGAAGCAAAUAUUCUUUUCCUGGAGUCACCAGCUGGUGUGGGAUUCUCAUACACAAACACAAGCUCUAAUCUUAAAGAUUCUGGCGACAAAAGGACAGCUCAAGAUGCUCUGGUUUUUCUUACAAGAUGGAUGUCAAGAUUUCCUCAAUACAAAUAUAGAGAAUUCUAUAUUGCUGGUGAAAGUUAUGCAGGGCAUUAUGUUCCCCAGUUGGCAAAGAAAAUCCAUGAUUAUAAUAAAGCAUAUCCACACCCCAUCAUCAAUCUCAAAGGAUUCAUUGUGGGAAAUGCAGUCACGGAUAACUACUAUGAUAGCAUAGGAACUGUUGCAUUUUGGUGGACGCAUUCAAUGAUAUCGGAUCGGACUUAUCGAGCAAUUCUUGACAAUUGCAAUUUCACGGAAGAGACAGCCUCUAACAAAUGUGAUGAUGUUGUGACUUAUGCAAUGAACCAUGAAUUUGGGGAUAUUGAUCAAUACAGCAUUUAUACACCAUCUUGUAUGCACCUGCCAAACAGUACUGUAAGGUUGAAAAAUACUCUGCUGCGCAGAAGGGUUUCUGGUUAUGAUCCAUGUACUGAGAAAUAUGCAGAAAAAUACUAUAAUCGACCUGAAGUGCAGAAGGCAAUGCAUGCUAAUGUUACUGGAAUUCCUUACAAAUGGACUGCUUGCAGCGAUGUUCUUAUUAAAAACUGGAAGGAUUCUGAAUCUUCUAUGUUACCCGUAUACAAGGAUCUCAUUGCAGCUGGUUUAAGGAUCUGGGUUUUCAGUGGUGAUACAGAUUCGGUGGUUCCGGUGACUGCCACCAGGUUUUCCCUCAGCCACCUUAAUCUCACAGUUAAAACUAGGUGGUAUCCUUGGUAUUCAGGAGACCAGGUUGGAGGAUGGACAGAAGUUUACAAGGGGCUAACCUUUGCAACUGUGAGAGGAGCAGGCCAUGAAGUUCCCUUAUUUCAACCUAGAAGAGCUUUCAUUCUUUUCAGAUCAUUCUUAGCUGGAGAAGAAUUACCCAAAUCUUGAUAAAAGCUGGAGAGAAGGUGGGAAGAGAUUGAAAGUGCCUGAUCUGUGGAGCAAUCCAUGAACAAGUAGAAAUCCCAUGCAAAUGAUGGGUGAGGCAGCUAGCUAGGGUAGGCUCAUUCAUUCAAAGUAAGAACUAUGUUUUGAAGGCAACUUGUUCUAUUCUAAUUGUCAUUCCAGAUGGUCACUGAAUCAAAUGCCAUACCAUCUAUAAAUAUCCAAUCCAAGCAGAAGAGUUUUAAGGUUUUUCUGAGA